CCAUUCCCCAUUUAGAAGCCAUUUUGGACACAGAUCAGUAACAUGCAUGUAAACCCCCGACCGACCUCCCCGACGCAGCGGUGCUACUAUUCCAGCGAAUAACCUCAAAAAACAGCGUCGAGACGUCGAUUCGGACCCUGCAACAGCUUCGUGGAGCCGUUUCCGAUGCGAAAUGCGGCUCCUCUCCGCGGACUAACACCCCGGCAGUCAAUUAAUCGCCCCUUUUCUUUGCAACAUUGUUGCAACGUCGCGGCUAUAGAUACGCGUUGUGGUGGUGGUGGUGGUGGAGGAGGAGGAGGUGGUGCUGGUUAGGCUGCUAGAGGGACUGGAGAGGCCUGUGGUCGGUUUGAUCCUGGACUGAUGUUUUUGGCCAAACUGAGUUUUAAUGUUCGCGCAAGAAAGAGGACGAAAUCUGUGUCCUGUAUUUAAAACGGAACAUGUCUUUUUCAUGGCUGACUUGCUCACUUCUUCUGGGAACUUUGUGCGCAGGGUACAGUCUUGGAGAGGUGGAGACCCGCGAAUGUGUGUACUACAACGACAACUGGCGAACAGAGAGAACCAACCAGAGUGGUUUUGAGCGCUGCGAGGGAGAAAAGGACAAGCGGCUGCACUGCUACGCCUCCUGGCUCAACUCCUCAGGGACCAUCAAGCUGGUGAAGAAAGGCUGCUGGCUGGAUGACUUCAACUGCUAUGACAGGCAAGAGUGCGUCUCUAUGGAGGAAAACCCUCAGGUGUUCUUCUGCUGCUGCGAGGGUAACUACUGCAACGAGCGAUUUACUCACCUUCCUGACUUGAUUGGCAGCAGGAGCCGAGUGAAAAUUCGGCCUCCACCCCGUGUGCCAUCAAUGCUGAAUGUGCUAGUGUACACUCUGCUGCCACUGUGUGUGCUGUCCUUGGCCCUUGUUCUGGCUCUGUGGAUGUACCGCCACCGUAAGCCGCCUUACGGCCAUGUAGAUCUAAGCGAGGAUCCUGGACCAGUUCCUCCAUCCCCUUUGGUGGGUCUGAAACCACUGCAGCUGCUGGAAAUCAAAGCUAGGGGGCGCUUUGGUUGCGUUUGGAAAGCUCAGUUAAUGAGCGAGUAUGUUGCUGUAAAAAUCUUCCCUGUCCAGGAUAAACAGUCGUGGCAGAAUGAGCGGGACAUCUUCUUGACUCCGGGGAUGAGACAUGAAAACAUCUUGCGUUACAUUGGCGCAGAGAAGCACGGAACCAACCUGGAGUCAGAACUGUGGCUUAUUACAGAGUUUCAUGAGAGGGGCUCAUUGACGGACCACCUGAAGGGCAACACUGUGACCUGGACUGAGCUGUGUCACAUAGCAGAGACCAUGGCCCGUGGCUUGGCCUACCUCCAUGAAGACAUUCCCAGCUACAAGGGGGAGGGGCCCAAACCUACUAUUGCACAUAGGGACUUCAAGAGCAAGAAUGUGCUACUGCGAGAUGAUUUAACUGCAGUCAUCGGGGACUUUGGGCUUGCUGUGCGAUUCGAACCAGGAAAGCCUCCUGGAGAUACUCAUGGCCAGGUUGGUACGAGACGUUACAUGGCUCCAGAAGUGCUGGAGGGAGCCAUUAACUUUCAGCGAGACUCCUUCCUGAGGAUUGACAUGUACGCAAUGGGCUUGGUGCUGUGGGAGCUGGUGUCCCGCUACUCAGAAACAGACGGUACAGUUGGUGAGUACAUGCUGCCGUUUGAGGAUGAAAUAGGUCAACAUCCUUCCCUGGAGGAUCUGCAGGAUGUGGUUGUGCACAAGAAGAUGCGUCCAGUCAUCAAGGACUGCUGGCUCAAACAUUCGGGCUUGAGUCAGAUGUGCGAGACCAUCGAGGAAUGCUGGGACCACGAUGCCGAGGCACGACUGUCAGCCGGCUGCGUGGAGGAGCGCAUCAACCAGAUCGCCAGGACGAUAGGCAGCACUACCUCAGACAGCCCCGCCUCCAUUGUAACGUCUCUCAUCAACGAGGACCUACCUCCCAAAGAGUCCAGUACCUGAACGGGUGACACCUCUCCUCACCUGAGCUCCUGACUUUGUUUCGCAUUUUUCAAACCCAAACUCAGCGGAUCUUCGUUAAUGUUUAACUCAACCCCACGUCCCCUCCCUGUCACCCUAGCAACUUAUAUGCAGCUGUUAUUUUAUCUCAAUACUGGUAUUUUGUUUCUGUUUGAUGUUCCUUUGUGUUUUACUAACACAUCCAUCUGCUGUAGUUAAGGUAGUAAUAAGCUAUGCGAUGGGCACAUCCGAUACCACCUGUUUGUCAAACCUUCAAUGUCUUUAUUACCACAUAUUUUCCUUUCACUAUUCAGUCUUUUUUUUUUUUUAACCCCAUCUCAUGAGUUGCUGUCUUUGUUGUAGUUCCCGUCUGCGGCCAAAUUCUGGAAAAACCUUCGCUCUAAACCUCAGAUGACACGCUGCACACCUCGGAGGAAACAUUUUUAGACUGUUAAACAAAAAUAUAUUCAUCUUCCUCAGGGGUCGAAGCUUCUCGAUUUAUAAAUCUGGAGAGCGCUCCCUUCUCUCCGACCUGUGAAUUCCUCAGAAUGAGAUGGAGAGGAAAAAAGAACGGAGCACGUUUCUUUUUUUUUUUUUUUUUUUUCCUUAUAAAAGGAGGGAGCGAAAUCCGAACUGAGCUGUCAUAUUGGAUGUUUUGGACUUUCUGAAGAUUUCGGACAGAUGUCUUGUCCUUGGAACUACCUCUCAGGUAUCCAGCAGGCUUCUUUGGAACAUUUCUAUAAGUUGAGAGCCAAGCUAUCCAGCUAGCUAACAUGGACAUAUUCCUGGAUUAUUAUGUUUCUUUUUUAAUUAUUAAAAUUCAGAGUUACUCCUUUGCCAGUGCCAGGGGCAUUGAUGGAAGCUGUCUGGAGUUGCAAUGUUACUCAUUCUUAAUGUUACCCGUAUGCAUUUGUGUGUGAGUGCGAGAAUCUGAACGAUUUGAGGCAGAGUGUGUGUUUUUAAAGUAAGAACGACGAACAGGUAAUUGAGGGUUUAUUCUUGUGAUUGUCAUGGAUUUUUUAAUUUUAUUUUUUAAGUCAUUGGUGUUUGGUUACUAGACUCAGUCGGACACGGGUCCACAGAUACCUCAGUCACUGUAUGUCAUGCAAAGAGAGCUCAAAUUGGUUGCCUUUGUCUCAAAUGCAAUGCCAUAGUUGUACCAUAAUAUGAAUACCAUACAUUGAAUGUCCGUUAUGCUGCUGUGACUAUUCCAGGAUACUCAAGGAUUUGUAGAUCUACAUGUAUUGUUUGUUAAUGUAACACUAACUAUCCAUGACAUUAUGUGAGGCUAAUAUCCUGUUUUUGUGGGUUUUUUUUUGUAGUUUUAUGUUUUUCUUUUUGACUGGGUAAGCCUUCAGCUGCUUACUCUUCCAGACUGACCUCAGAUAUUCUGACAAGUACCUCAGGCUUUUUCUACAUGUAUAUCAAGUUGUGUUAAUGUAUUUUAUUGUGUUUUAGUAGUUGAGAGGAUUUAUUACAGGUUGGGUGGCCUCUGUCUUAUUGGAUUUUAUUUUUCCAUUUUUGAUAGAACCUGACCACUUUUCACUAUGUAUAUGCCCUACAAAUGUAAAAAGAAGAGAGGCAGAUUCCUGUAAAUAUGGUUGUACACACAGACGCCUAAUACUUAAAUAUUUUUUGAUUUUACAUUUAUAUACAGGGGCAUCUUGAUAAAGUCUGAGUAUCUUUGACAUUUCAUUUAAAUUCAAAAAGUGAUGCUAAUAUAGAUUAUCAAACACACAGGCAUGGAAAUAUUUUUUUAAAUCUUUUAUUCUAUUAGUAUUGUUGAUUGUUCCUUACAUCUAAUGAAAACUUUAAAUUCAGUUUUUCAAGAAAUUUAGAAUAUUACAUAACACCAUUAAAAUAUGAUAUACACUGUACAGUCAGUCAACUUACUGUACAUUAUUUUCACUCAGUACUUGGUCAGGGUUCCUUAUGCAUGAGUUAUUGCAUCAGUAAUACCCAAUAGAUUUUCUGUGGGAUAAUUUGAACAGUGGCUGAGGUUAUGUGCGCUGCAUUAUUUUCUGCUAUACAUUUUCCUUCCACUCAACCUUCCCUUAUUAUGUUUUGAUGCAGCACUCUGAACAGCUAGCCACUUUUGCAGUGACCUCGUGUGACUUGCCCUCCUUGUGGAGGAGGGUUCAUUGACAGUCUGCUGUACAUCUGCCAAGUCGCCAGUCGUCCCCAUUAUCGUGCUGGCCAUAACAUUUCUAUAUUUAAAAAAAAAAGCCUCUUUACUGUCUUAUAUAAAAUUAUUUUCUGAGAAAUGAUCAUUGUCCAUCUCCGCAAGCAAUGCUGUAUCCCAGGAUUUUAAGGGAAAGUUGAGUGGAAGGAAGACAAAAGUGGUUUUAUUGGCCAUUUCUGUAUUGAAAAUCCUUUUUUAUUGGUUUUGUGUUAUAUUUUAAGUUUCUAAGAAACUACAUUUUCAUUAGCUGUAAGCCAUAAUUAUCAAAUUUAACGGAAAUGAACAACUAAAUUAUAUCACUUGUGUAAUGAAUCUAUAUAAUUUCACUUUCUGAAUUUAAUUACUGAAAUACAUAAACCUUUUAAUUAUAUUCUAAUUUUUAAAGAUACACCUGUAAAGAAUCAGGGCAUUUGUAGUUCUUGUUUCUUUUACUGAAAGGGAUUUAUUGACACCAUACCAACCAAUCCAUUUAAGUUAAUCCAGCCCUGUGGUUUUUGCUCAUACUAAAAGAGGUGUUACUAAUCUCAGUGGUUUAUAUUUACUAAUCUUAUUUAGAAUUUGUGAGGGUGGCACUGGCAUUUAAAAAUACAAUUAGUGUGUAAAUCAUCAAGGAAAAGAAAAACGAACAAAUAUUUUUAUGGUUUGGUGUGGCGGCUUCUGUGAUUGGCCACUUGUUUGAACAGUAUUGCCUCAAUAUUAACCUGCUGAUGUGAUGUUCUGACCUGUUAAUAGUGAUAGUUUAGCCAUGUUGGACAACACACAGGCUCAACUGUUGUGCUUUGAUUAGUGGUGUGGAAAGAUAGUGAUUUUGUUUUUACAGUGGUCUGUAGCUCUCGCUGAUGUGCAGUUUUGGUAAAAAGGACUUCUGGGAAAACAAUCAAGUCAACGCUGAACAAUGUUUUUGAGUGGUUUUUUUGGGGGAAACCAUCAUUGUGUUUGUAGCCACAUGACUGACUGAUGCAGCACCGCCGGGAUUCACGCUGACCCAUGUGGACGGUCCAAGAGUCCAGCAAUAUUUACUAUACAGCAAUAGUCAUUACACUCAGCUGUGACUUAACAGUUCUCUUCUGCAGAACAACUCCUCACACCUGGAUCAUCCUCUGAUGGCCUCUGUUGAUAGGGCGUGGGGAGAGUAGGAAGGGCGAAAAAAACCCAGGUGGUUAGGCUUUAGUGCACAAGCUAAACGAGGCCCAGGUGCUUUUUUUCGAAUCGUGCCAGGCAAACAACAUGUCAUGUGGUAAAAUCUGCUGUGACCGGUUGUUACCUCCAAAUGCUGUCUUACACCCAGCUCUUCUGAACCGAAAAAAACCAUGUUACCUCAUGCAGUAUCUUUAGUAACACUAAUACGGAGUCGGUCUCAUCUUCAACAAAAAAUAUAUUAAAAAAGUCAAGUAUUGUGUAAAUAUUGCUAAAUGUAAAGGAUCUCUUCCAUUUCAUGUGUGGAUCCUGUGAAAGGAAAAUCAAUUUUUUUUUUCAUUUGCAGUUAGCAUAUUGGUUUUUUUUUUCUUAAAGUGUGAACGAAUGUUGGAACUAUGUGACCUUCCCUGUUUAUGUGAACUGUAUAUGUGUGCGCGCAUGUGUGUGGUUGUUGGUUGGUUUCUUUAAAUCGGUAUGAAAGGAAACUAUCUGUGCAUUAAAAUGCUUAGAACUAUAAACUAGAUGAGAAUACAUUCAUCUUUUUUGUAUAUGAAAAUAAAGAUAAAUCCUGAAUAAA